CCACGACGACCCUCCUGGUUCCUCUGACCUCCUCAGCACGCCGUGCAAGGCCAGGCUCCCGCCACGAAUUUUGUUUUUAACUCGCAACGUAAAGAGACGCUCACAGAGCCUUCUUGUUGCGGGAAGGGGAGAACUGGAGAGCGAGGAUAAAAAAGGACUCCGAGUGCGAGGUGAAGAUGGAGAAAGGCGCCCAGGCCCCAGACUGGGACAGCGAUGAAACGGUGAUAGACGGGUCGGUGACGGAGAGUGACCUGGAGGACGAGGAGCUGCCCUGGAGCAGGUUGCUCUUUGAUCAAGACACAUCUCUUAGAUCUGAGUUCAGUCUCCAUCCUGAUAUAAGUGGAAUAUGCAAAGGCACAUGCUCUCCUGAGAUUCAACUUGGGUUGAAGCUCAGAGAGGAUCCACAAAAGCAAAUAAGUAAAAAGAAGACUAUGCCUGUGCUUAAUGAGGAUGCAGUCUUACAGCAACCUCAAGAUGAAAUGGAACAAAAUCAAGCUCUGUUAGAAAAAAGUUGUCCAAUGUUCACUGUGUCAUUUCCUGAAGCUGAACUUUCACUGAACCACGAAAGCAUUCAAGGGCCUAAGGCUGAAAAUCCUGAAGUUUUGCCAUACCCAGCAAAGGAGCUAAAUGCAGACAGAGAUUCUCCUGAAAUUAGCCUUCUCUCAGGUACUGCUAUUAAAGUAUCUGAUAUGGUUGCUGUCAAGGAGAAUUCGUUAAUAGAGCCGCAGAAGAUCUUAGCAGCACCAAAUGUAUUUUUUGAGUCUGGAAAGGAAGUCACAUUAACCAUCACUUCUGAAGAAACCAAAGAUGAAGAAAGCUCUGUUGAAACUUUUGUUUCUGCCUUAGAAAAGUUAAUAACAUCACCAGCAAACACUCAGGAGGAGACAUUGUUUGGAAUAAUGAAUGAUAUUGAACCUAGAGAGUUGAUGAGCCCAUUGAGCAACUCUUUGAAUUCGCUAUCAAUACCUUUGACAUGUCACAGAGAUUUACUAGAAAACACAAAGGAUGAUGCAUUGCCAGCUGAGUUGUUAGCAGCCAUAAACACAUUGUCAGAAGCCACGGUGGGACCCAGUUGUCACAGAAAAGAGGGAGGCAGCAGUCUCAGUGCUGGAAAUGAAUGUUUAGGAAUAGAGCCCAACAUGUCUCAGACUGAUGAAGAUUGUACACAAAUAGCAGAGGUGAAUUUUGAGUCUCUUUGUUCUACUCCACCAUAUGAACAAGAUUCCAAGUUAGCCGAGCUGCAGGACAAGCAUCCUUCAGUGCAGCAAACUCUAGAAGAUCCAAAUCCAUUUGUAUUGCAGACAUUGGUUGAUCAAAAUGUAAUCUCUUGUGAUCCACUAAAUAAUAAGAGAAAUUCAAAUCCAGUGGAAAAUAGCUCUGACCAGGACCCUCCAUCUGUGUUAAGGAGAUCAUCCAGAAUUAAAGUAGGCAAAUAUACAAAGCACAAAGAUGACAUGUAUAAGACACCAGAAAAGAUUUUACCCACAAUACUUGACUGUGAGAGUCAAGCAAAAAACUCUUCAGCUGAGACUUUCAGAAUGCAGGGUACUGCUUUAAUGAUUGAAGAUAAAAGGAAGAAUAUGCAUUCAUCCAGACUGAAGAGUGAAGAACAAAUCUGGAAAAAUGGAAAAAUUAAGAGACAGAAAGAAAAAAUGAAGAUGAAUAACAUACCUCUUUCUCUCAUUAACCGGAGAAACAUUUUUGGAGAGAAUUUACUGUAUAAGGCUGCUCUUCUCAAUGACUUUCAUCUUGUUCAUCAGUGUAUUGAAAAAGGAGGAAAUGUUAAUCAACCAAGUUAUGCUGGUUGGACAGCACUUCAUGAAGCUAGUGCAAGGGGAUUUUAUGAGACAGCAAGUGAACUAGUAAAAGGUGGAGCAGAUGUAAAUGUCAAAGGAAAAGACCAAAUCACUCCCCUACAUGAUGCUGUGAUGAGUGGACAUUAUAAGGUGGCAGAGUUACUUCUUUUCAAUGGAGCUGAUCCAUUAUUUAGAAAUGCCAAUGGAAAGUGUGCUUUGGAUGUGGCCCAAGGUAUACGUAUGAGGCAUCUUCUUGAGAGAUAUGUUCCUAAACAUCAAAAACAUCUUACUUCAGCUCAAAAGGAUAGCACUGAUCCAUUAGAUGUAGAGGAUGCACCCCAGCCAAAGAAACCAAAAUUCAGUUCUAAAAAUUGCAUUGGGUUUGUUUGUGAUGAAAAUUCCAACAGACAGAAGCCAGAACAUAUAAAAGUUGAUAAAGGAAGCAAAAAAGGUUUAUUUAUAAAGAAAGAAGAUGUAAAUGAACAUUACCCAAGAAAUUCCAAAAGCACGAAAUUUGGCAACUUCAAGCAUAAGCAAUCAACUGUUAACCAAAUAUACUCUACAGGACUCAGAAAAAACAAUCUCCAUAAUGUCAAGGAUUCCAGCACAAAUGCGUCUAAACAUAAAGGAAGAAGAAAUGAACGAUGUAAAAGGACUCAGGUGCAUAAGGCAAUCCAAGAAAGAAACUCAAGAAAGACUGUAGCUGUGUCUUCUUCCAGAAGAAGUAGAUUGGUUACUGAUCAGCAGCAUAUUCUCCAAACCCUUUAUGACCUUCCAGAAGAGUCAUGUAAACCUUUUAGCCCAGCUCUGUCAAGCCUGGAAAAUGGAUUAAGUAACAAUAUUGACACUCAUUCAGUUCCCAAAGAGACACAUACCCAGAGCCUGGAUUUAUUAGAAAGUCAAGAAAUAAAAUCCUUGGAAUUAGAAUCCAGUGACCAAGCUAAAGCUGUUACUUUCUCAGGACUUUUUGUACAUAAAGAAAUCGAAUUACCCAUUGUUACUACAGAUCAGCAGGCUCAAACUCACCAAGAACAACAGCACAUUAGUCCUUAUAAAUCUCAUGUAAACACUAACUCAGAUGAAAAAAAAGAGGACCUUAAUAAGUGGGAAAAUUUUAAUAAUGAUAUUCAUGUUGAUUGCUGUACCUCUGAAGAGACCAUAAUGUCUAAAAAGAUGAUAUGUUCUACAAGUUGCAAAAACCACUAUAAUGAUAAAGAGAAUAUAACAAAUAGAGAAGUAAUGGAUUUUGAACAGUCUUUACCUUCUAAAGACCAUUUUUCACAGGACAAUAAGUUAAAAGCAGGUGGCCUAAGCAUACUUCCACAACAGGAGGCUGUUAAUUUUUCUAAUUCAGAUAAUACAGCCGUUUCUGAACCACACGUUGCAAAUUAUGAACAAUACAUAUAUGGAACUUCUUUUGUUCACUCACAAGACAGUCCUGAGCGUACUUCCUUGGCUUGUACAAGAACAAUUUCAACACAUGACGUUUUGCAGUUGACUAAUGUGGAGCAAUUCCAAAGGCCUCAGGAUUGCAGUAGCCCCAGCAUACCAACUUCUUUAAUGAAUCAAACAAAUACACAUAUUGUGGAAAAGGUGAAUAAGAAAGAAGGCACUAAAAGGAAUUACACUGACAAAGGCCAAAAACCAAAUUUUUCAAAUGGGCCUUUAUCCACAGUUGUUCAUUCUCAAGUAAUAGAAACAACUAACGUUGAAAAAAGGAGACAAGACCUUGCAGAGAGUGAAAUCAUACAUAAUAGAGAUUUUCAUUCCAUUGACAAUAUGAAUAAAAAAUUGACCAACAUCUCACAAGUUAGUCAAAGAGAAGAGAAGGAAAUUUCUCAUAAACCAGAUGAGGAAUUAACUAAUAAUAUCAGUGGAGAUGAAAGCACUGUAAGAAAUUGUGAGGAGAAAAAAGAUAGAACAGAUACAGAGAUUCACAUACCUGUUAACAUCCAAGAACAAAAUUUAUCAAAAGCUACCUGCAGCCAAGAAAUGAAAACAGCUGGGAUCAAUAAGAGGAAUACCAGGGGGGAAAGCCCACUUCAUUUGGCUGUCAGAAGAGGAGAUUUGUCUCUGAUGAAAGUUCUAAUAGAAUCUGGAGCAGAUGUGAAUCUAAAAGAUAAUGCAGGUUGGACACCACUACAUAAGGCAUCUAGUGAGGGAGCUGACGAUAUAAUUGUGGAGUUAUUAAGAGCUGGUGCUAAUGUUAACUGUGAAGAUCUAGAUGGAAUUCUGCCCUUACAUGAUGCUGUUGCAAAUAAUCAUUUAAAGUGUGUAAAAAUUCCUACCGUCCAGUCCAAAAGACACAAACCGUGUUUUUGUGAUGGCUUCAAAACUGUUGAUCCACCUUCUCUUUCACACCAAGAAAAAACAAGAGAAAGCCUUCAUAUGCAUCAGACCAUAAGUGCCAUUCUAGAAGAUAUAGAGGAAAAACAGGAAAUUUUAUUGGAGUUUGAAAUAAGAACCCCCGAAGAUGCAGAACAAUACACUGAAAAGAUGUUAGAGAUAAAAGAGAUUAUGGAUAAUGUGCUUGCCAAACAGAAGGCAGAAAGGGAUGAUCUGGCUAAAAAAUACAGGGUUUCCAUAGAAUCAUUUAAGCAUGGUGUCCUGAGAGAACAACUGGCUAACUUGGCCAUGAGACAGAAGAGCCUUUUAGUUGUGGCAAAAAAACAGAAAAAAAUAAGCCAGAAAAUUCAAAACUAUAAGAAUGUUACAUCUGUGUCUGGUCUUAGUUUGAGGAAACUGCCAUCCAGCUCAGAGAUCUCUUGUGAAAAGGACAGCCAAGAGCUUACCAGCCUGGAAAAUUCAGUGCAGCCCCAGGCGGGUUCAUUUUCUCCUGCCAGCUCUGUUUGUGAAAGCAUACAGGAAUCACAGUUGUCUCUGGAAACAUGGAACGACAGCCAAAAUAUCAACACUUGUCUAAAUUUAGAGACAGUGAGAGGGGAAGAAUUUUCUGAAAUUAAGCUGAAUUCUAGACGAAAUGUCAGUGACUAUUCCUUGGAUGAGUUUUCAAAAUCCAGACCUUCAGAUGGCACUAAGAAGAUUAAAUUACCAUCCCAACCUGUUGCUUUUAUUGCUCAAGCAGAGUAUUUACAAAAAGAAAAUGAUCUUACAGCACAUACAACCAAAGGUCAUGAAUCCUAUAGUCCUUUAGCACUAACUGGCCCAUUAAAUACAUCAGAAACCACAAGUGUACUUGUCCCAAAUGCCCAUUCAUCCACUGGUAUUUGUGGUCAGACUCUUUCCAAUUAUGAUCCAAAAAGAGGAAACAAGAGAACAGCUUCCCAGCAACCACCUAGGGGGGCAUCAAAAACCCUGACACAUCCAGAUAUUGAUGACUUAGGCAGUGAUAUGGGGCAUCAGAUGAAAUCAUAUCUUAAAAAUUCAGCUUUUGCUCUUCCAUAUGCAAAUGACAGUCAGAGCACCUCCUCCUCUGGGUCUGGCCCUCAGCAUACCGCAAAAAAGCCUUUCAACUACAGCAAAGCUCCUAAAAAGAAGCGCAUGCAGAUAAAGGAUCUGAUAGCACUAGGAAGAAUUAAUCCAGGAAAUAACAUUUUGGAAUUCAAAACACAGGAGACUACCCACAAAGCCAGUGUUUUAUUGAGUGGUAAAAUUAAGGUAGAAAAUGGUCAGAUUUAUCAAAAUCCAGUCACCUGGCUCAAGGAUCUUCUAGGAGGUGACCGUCAUGUGACCUGGAAUUAUGCUUGGAGUAAGGUAACAUAUCUGGGGAAGGAGCUUUUAAAGUGUGUUUCUGAAGAAGUACCCAUACCUCCAGAACCAAACUUGGUACCUCAGCAACAUCAACCUUGUCUUCCAGAGCUACAUGCUUCCAGAUUCAAGUUCAGAGGGGAAGAAUAUGGAACUCUUUCCCAGAAGAUCCAACAAAGAUCUCUUGCAUCUCACUUCACUCUGAAUGGGUCAUGUUUUCAUCCUUAAGUCAAUGCCUAUUCACUGGUUGGCUUAGAUCUAAAUAAAUUCCACUAGAAGCACAUGGUCAGGUGAAGGGAAAGGGAUGAUUCUUCAGAAGCAAAUUAGAGUGGGGUCAGCAUUAGAUGGAUUAAUGGCUACUGGGCAUCACAAGAACCCAAUGCCCACACAGGUGUGUAAUUAUGAAAACACUUGGGCAUUGCUUAGAAUUACAA